AUUUAAUUUUUUGUAGACAAAUCCUGUUAACUAAUCUAUCUUCACUCUCAUUUUCUCCUCUUUCUCCAUUUUCUUUGGAUCAUGGACUCGGGGAAUUCUCAAAAGAUGCUUGACAAGUGCAUCUAUGAUUACUUUGUUAAGAAGGGGAUGCGUGAGUCUGCCAAGGAAUUCGCGAGUGAAGUUGAUGUUGAAAAUCCCACAGAUGAUGCUACAAAAUCUCCAGGGUCAUUUCUCACGGACUGGUGGAAUGUGUUCUAUGAUAUGCUCAUCUCUAAUCAGUCCGCCCAAGAUCCUUAUGCUGAGGCUGCACUUACUAUGGACAAUGUGGUACCUCAAGUCCCUUAUGCUGUGCCAACAUCUUCUUCUCAUUCUGUUACACCAGCACAUAAUAUAUCUCUUGUGGUGCCGGCAUUUAGUCCUGAGAGAUCGCAAGAGCCAUGCCAUCUGAGGAUGCCUGAGGACGAAGUGACACCUAAGUUAAGAUUUCUUGACGUGGAUCGUCCGAGUCUGGGGGCGGCGUUUGUAACUGAUUCUAGCCUCCUGAUGGAGCAGAUUCCAAAUAUGCCUCAACAGUGGGAGGCCAAAGAUGAGGGAGAGGGACAAGGCAUUUACUUUGACCAAACUAUGCAGAUGGAACCAAAUGGCGAUACCCCUAAAAAUUUUGUGCUUCCGGUGCCAGAUCCUUGUGAAGCAGGCUCUUCCACCGCCUCCUGCUCUGGGAUGCAGCAGACUCCCUAAUCAAAUCAAGAUCUCUUGAUUUCCUGAUCUUCCUCUUGGCAUGGAAUUAAGAAGAUUGGGAAAGAUGCUGACUUGCAGAAAGCUACAAUAGAUGAUACUGAAAAGAAAAAGAAAAGGAAAGCUACAUAUCUCAAAGAGAUGAUAUCUAAUAAGUGCAAGCAAUUUGUAUGGUGCUUUGAAGCAUAGAUGAUAUCUAAUAAGGAGUAUGCUUAUUGAGGAAUUAGAGCUUGUAGAUCUGUUAGGCUCUCUGUAAUGUUGGUUGAUAUUGGGCAUGUGUUGGCUGAUGGCACUAUGGCACUAUGUGACUCAACUUAUUCAUGUCAAAGGGUUGUUGAUUUGAUGUCAUUUCAGCCUCAGGUGUCAUAAGUUGGCAUUUCUCAAGAGCAUUCUCGGCCAAAAAAUUUGAUUCAGAUGAUUGAGCGUCAACUUAGUGAUACUUGCAACAAAAUUCAAGAGGAACAAAUGGUGAAGCAGUUUGAAAAGAGAAAUCUGCAAAAAAUCAGACCCCUGUGUUGGAAGCUCGGAGCAGCUGAAGCAUCUGUCUUAAAAUAAGGUAAGUCCAAGUUCAGACAAGCUAUAGCGAGUAAAUUAUUCUAAUUGAACAUUUUUAGUUUGAUUUUCUUUCAUGCACUAUAAAGAUUGAAAGUCAAUGAACUUUUUCUCAAUUUCUUUGGCUACCAUUUUCCUGAUGCAUGUCGUUCGUAUAAGAGUGACACAAAUAGAGACUUCAUUAGGUUCUCUUGUAACUGUGCUGUCUGGGAGCUCUUCUGCUUUCUUGAAGUUGUUUUUUGU